AUGUCACCCCCGGCGGUUUGUUUGUUGUCUGUGUUGCUUGCCGUGACAUCUCCAUGGUGGCAUAGGGCCUGCCUAGCGGACGAGGCGAGCGUAGACCCAAAAUGCACUGUAGAAAACACCAUCACCAAAUGCGUCUGCGGGGGCACUGCGAGCGGCUCAGUGUCACAGGGCGCGGCAACCCUUUCAGCGUCCACGAACACUAUCACCGUCACUUGUAGCGAAGGGUCCACUUUUGUGCCAUCAAAUCCGUUGAAGGUCUGCGCUCGAGGCAAUAACGCGCCGUCUCUCGCGGAGUGUGAGCCCGUUGGGAAGGGAACCGACGCCGGGACUGCUCCGAUCACCGACUUCCUGUCCACGAGCCCGGCUCCCACAAACGACAUCAAGUGGGCUUCAACAGACAAUAACAAUGUUCACUCCCUUACAAUUCUACCGCCAUACUUCCCUUCCACUGACAAAUCCUUCUUCGUCGGGUGCCGGAAGCAAUCCGACGGCCAGGGUUCUUGCUUGUUUAACGUGAGCGUCAAGGCGAGAAAAACAGUUCUCAAUGGUAAUGUUCUCACCUGCGCGUAUGGCAAGGAAAGCAACGCGCCUGUUCCGCAAGUGACGCUGGAUCCCACCAGCAACUCACUGACAGUCGACUGUGGCGAGGACGGAACAAUGCCCCUUACGGGAGAACUGCCAACUGUCUACUACUGCAAGGACUCCGCCACCGAUGCCUGCGAUCCUGUCAAGGACGUGACGGAAAUCCUGCCGGGCUUCGCCAAGGAGUGGUGGACACCUGUGAAUGGUCUCGAGACCGCAGCCAAACUGACAGUGCCGGAGGGCGGUUUUCCUGUUGAGCCAAAAACGAUUGUGCUGGGAUGCAACCUCAGCAGUGCUUCCUCUCCGUCAGAUAAAGGGGAAAGUCGGUCCGACACAGCUGCAACGGCACUGCCGACGUGUAGGGCAAAGGUCAUCCUCAGUGCAGCGGCGAGCGCUUCGUUCAGCAUCAAAGUCUCCAUCGGUGUAUCUGCUUCGGUGUUUGCAGUGUUUGCCGUUUCGAUGACUUCGUAG